AUGGCAUCUUCAAAUGGGACUCAGUCGAGCUUCCCCUCACCAGAAGCCACACCACCAAGCUCAAUAACAAGGAAAGGCUUCAAGAUAACCACUAGAAAACUACCAAUUCUCAAAGCCGGUCCAAUUGAUGAUAUGACAAACAAACUGGGAAUUGCACCGCCCGAAAUGAUAUUCGGGGAUAACGUGGUGUCGAUCGAACAUAUACCAUCGGGGUGGGGCAUCUCCUUUAAUGCUUUCGAUGCGCUGGACCGAGUGGACAAAACAGGUUCUGCAAUGCUCAAGGUAUCAUAUUCAGGCGAGUGGCAGAAAAGCAGAGAAAAAGCCCACGAGGGUAUAAAAGAAGUGGUUAAACCGUUUGACUGGUCAUAUACCACAGAUUAUAAGGGAACAGUCACAUCAAAUGGUCAUGAAUUCGAGCCAUCGUCAACCCCUAUCCCAAUAGAGCAGCUGAAACGACCAGAUCCAAUUCUCUUUUACGAUGAGAUCAUGCUUUAUGAAGAUGAGCUAGCUGAUAACGGAAUCACGAUGCUGUCAUGCAAGAUCCGCGUCAUGCCAACGUGCCUUCUUCUACUUGUUAGAUUGUUUAUGCGGUUAGAUAACGUUCUCUUCCGACUGCGGGAUACCCGUGUGUUUGUGGAUUUUGACACAGGUGAGGUGAUGCGGGAAUAUCUCGCAAAGGAGGACGAGUAUGAUAAAGUCAGAGAGACGAUCGGUGGUUCACGCAAAGAUGUUCCAGCUAUGAUGAGGGAUCCAAACAACAUUGCCCAGAUAUUACCGGUAGUGGACAGCAGUUUAGAACGAGUGGUUCUCCCUCCACAAAAGACUUAG